CGACAACCAGAAUAGAGCCUCAGUUGACGUUUUCCUGAAUUCGGGCAAGGGAAGCACUCUAACUCAGGACUGGCUGUGAAUGUGUGUCUACCAAGCAAAAUAUGAAGCGGCCAUGCAUUGACUUAUGGAUUUUGCGAGGUAUAUGUGAUAUUAAAGAUUUCUAGUUGUGAAUCUUGCUUAUAUCGGUUUUAUUAAGGGAUAUGGACAGUUACUGACAAAUUCAGAUAAAGCAUUCACAGACUGUUUAAGCACUCCAUCCUCCUCAACAAACUUCUUCUGCAGGAUGGAAAUUGGCCAUACAGUCUCUACCUGAUUGCGCUUGCCAAUCCCAAGAAGUUCAAAUUUAAAAGCAUGAUUUCAAUGCAUCACACGAUAACAGCCAUACAUCCGCUUGAUCUCAUUUACAAUUUCGAGCAGUUUUGUAUUCCAAAAGUUACAUUUUCGAACUCUGAUACAAUCACAAUUGUAACCAUUUUCUCUUCGUGGGCAAUUCACCUGGUCGCAAUAUCAUUAGUUGAACCAAAACAAAACAAUCACAUAGCAAUGCAGUUGAGCAGGGGUGCUAUAUUUGCGAUCACAGGCGCAUGCUUUGUACUUCUAGCUGCUGCUUUUCUUUACUGCACUUUCCGCGAACCGCGUAAGGACAGAAACAACUCUAUCACAAAUCUCCAAGAAUUAGGACAACUUCCAAAACGUCCACGACCAGUACACUCUCGAGACCCAAGACGCUCGCACUCAACGCACAAUCGGCACCCAAGACGUCCACGUUCAACAAAUACUCGAAAUCCAAGACAUUCACAUUCAGCGCAGACUAGGCGUCCAAGACUGGCAUCAGACAGUUCUGAAGAAAGAAUCAAGUAAUCUCAUCAAAUUUCUCCGUCAAACCUCCAAGAUGCAUCGAAAUACCAAACAUGGCCUUAUAUUUCUUGCUCUCUUACUUAUCUGUGGAGGAGGCAUUGCCCUGUUUUUCGUUGUUUGGCUCAAACCUCAUAGUCAGCAUCAAUCUGCUACGAAGCGCUGGGUGGCGGCCACACAGCAACAUGAUUCUCAUAUCAGGAAUUCUCCUUUGGAUGAUGCAGCUGUUGGCCACUCUAGUUUUGAAAAUAGCGAGUUUCCUCAACUCUACAGAUAUCAUACUCGCCGCAACACUCCGUCUCGACAUAGAAACAGACACCGCUCUUCUUACCCGGAGACGGAUAUUGGUAAUCUGGGUAGUUACUCCUCAAUCGUUCCGACCAGCACAGCUAUUUAAACAAGUGUACGAUCGUCGUCCACUGCUGGUAUUAGUGUUGCUCCAGCUAUAAAUAUCUAUUCGCCCCUCAAAAUGGUAGCCUUGAGUACUUUGUUGGCAGCGGGAGGAUUCCAAAGCUCUGCUAUUACGUCCUCGAACCCAAGGUCCCACGGAAGCUACGUUUCCGCAACUCCAACGAGUGCACAACCAUCGAUAACUUUUGGCACUGGACGUAAGCAUGUUCACGGUUUCUGAGCUUAGGGGUAUGAAAUAUGGGACCGGAAUCGAUAGCUUUUUAUGAUCGCACACUAAUGUUGGGGACCUUGUUUAAAUAUCCAGUGAUAGACUUCCUGGCGAUGUGUAGAU